AUGAUGCGUCUUCAAGCCAUCAUUUCAGGUGUCAUUCUACGUCUCACCGGUCAUUGUUUACAGUACAUCACUUCCGAUGCUGCUGAUUUGAAUUCUAACAAGUCCUCCAAGGAGACUCACAACAAUCAUAGCAUCCACAACUACUCCAAUGAGACCCACGGCUACCACAAACCCCACAACUACUCCAACACGACCCACAGCUCCCAUAAGAUACACAAGUACUCCAACAAGACCCACAGGUGCUCCAAAAUCAACCAGAAUCUCUACCUUUACUCCUCUACCACCAGCAGUAACAAUGACACCCAAGCCAGGUUGGAAACCCAUGGCUCUAAGAUUGGAGCUUUGCAAAAUACAGUGGUCAUGAGGCCCCGCAGUGAAGACAAGGACACCACGAUGCAUCCUCAAGCCCUCAUUUCAGGCCUCAUACUCCUUCUCCCAGCUGCCGUGGAUUCUUUCCCAAAAGUGCAUGGAGUGGUGGGUCACCCUGUGACACUGCCAUGUACUUACCCAGUGUCUAAUGGACUCUCAUCCAUGUGUUGGGGCCGAGGGGCAUGUGCUUCUGACACGUGUGGACAAACACUUAUCCGAACUGAUGGCCACAGAAUCUACUAUCGGACAAACAAUCGCUACCAGCUAAAGGGGCAGCUUCUUCAAGGAGAUGUGUCCUUGACGAUAGAGAAUGUCACUGAGAGUGACAGUGGUCUCUACUGCUGUCGGGUGGAAAUGAAGGGGUGGAAUGGUGUACAGAGACUGACCACCUCACUGCAAGUUCAACCAGUUUACACCGACACUGUGACAUCUUCACACCGCCCUUGGUAUAAUCACACCGAAGUGGUCCCCACACCAAACCCCCUGAAGAUCCACACCAAGGGCCUCUAUAUCGGCAUCUCUGUGUCUGUUGUGCUGCUGCUUCUCACGAGCAUCCUGAUGAUCAUAAAGUGCAGACACAUGAGAAAGAAGAGGAAGCCAGAAGUCAGCUCUCGCUGUGGUUCAAUUGUCUUCCAUGAUUAUAAGAAGAAAGCUUUUGAAAGCACAGUGCAACCCCAAGCUGAAGAUAUAGACUAUGUUAUUGAAGACAAUCUUCAUCCCAGGACUGACUCCCAGUUGCCCUCUAAGAUGACAUCAUUCCAAGACUGUACAUGA